AUGGAGCCAAAGUCCGUCGAAGACGCUAUCAUGUUUCCCUCCGGACUGUGGCGGCGGCUACUCGGCGUUUACUGUUUGGUCCAGGUUCCCAACUUUUUUUGAAACUUUCUAAUUUUUUUCGACAGUUUGUUCAUUUUAUCAGAAUUUAAAAUUUUCUUCUAAUUUCCUGUGUUAUCUUGAAAUUAAGACAAAAUUUAUCCCUGCAGGUAUUUGGAAACAACUUCGUUUUAAAGAUUUGAUCUGUUAAAGUUAGGAUUCGGACAGAAUCUGGACCUACAUCAAAUAAAAAACAGCUCCGAAAAUUUAUAAAAGUGAAACUGGAUUUUAGCGCAAGUUAAGGCUGCAAGGAUUCUUUAUUUGGGCAUUCGAAAAUCGUUUGGGCAAAUUUGAGAUAAAUCCCAAGCUUAAUCUGACAUGCUGAUUUUUUAUGUCAGCGUAGAUGCGCCAUUGGAAAGAAAAGUAGCUUUUUUCGAAAACUGUUAACCUUUGAGAACCUUAUAGAAAAAUAUUUGACCUACCAGGUAAAAGAAAGAAAAUUAACCAGAAAUGUUGAAUUUUCAGAAGAUUUAAAGUUUCUGAUUUUAAUAUUGUUAAUUUGAUAUCCUGUCUGCAAAAGAAAAAUUCUUCAAUUUUUAUCAUUUUUCUGUUGUCGAUCGGACUUUUUCAUAACUUUAAUCAAAAACUCUACAUUCUUUAAAAACAUUAUCAAACUCGAAUUAAAACAAAAAAAAAAAGUUUUUCAGCUCUUUUCAAAUGUGGAAGCAACUCCUAACAUCUCUCCUCAACAGUUGCACUUCACAAACGUCGAGCGUCUCGCGAGGUCGGAAUCCUCAAACAGAAUCAACAGGAGUCAUUGUUUCAGUUAUCCGUUCACCGCUCCGGAAAGAGUUCUGGAGAAGGCCUUUUCUCGGAAGCACAAACGACCUGUGGCCACAGGACAGCUGUACGGGACUGAAAGACAGAUGGACAUGCCUGAUGGUAGUUUUAACAUUUGAAAAUGAAAAAAAGUUCUUCCUUAAAAACGGCCAUUUUUCCAGUUGCGAUGCAGCAACCUCGACCUUCGGCAUUGCAAGUUGUACACCCACCGGCACCGAACGAGAAAGAUUGGGUUUUGACGGCUGGUUUGCAUUUUAAGAAGUCGGGAUCUGAUCAAGAACUCCAGGAAAUGAAAGCCUCGUAGACAAUGUUCUCGCCAUCUCUUUGCAGUAUGGCGGAAGGUUAAUUUCGAUGGGGUACUACUUAAGAGGAAACAGCGUUUUCUACUAUUCCAUAAUGCACAAAUAUAACGGUAUGGCAUCUGAUACGCAGCUUAGUGAUUUUAGUUUUCAGGACCUGUUUUUAUCAAACCUUCACCAAUGACGUUCGACGAACUGAUAAAAGCUGUCAGAGAAAACGAACAGAGAGACUUGGCCUUGACUCAAGUUUGCGGACAAGAACAGAAACCUGGGGAAAUAACCUUCACUACUUAUUGGGAACGUAUUCCUGGAGUUGAAUUUCACGUCAGUUGAUUUUUUUGAGAUAAAGAAGUAAAAAUCGAAUUUAGGUAUGGUUUCCGGGAACUCCUCAUGCGGACACUCAGAAGGAGCAUUUUGAAAAAAGCGGCUUCCGGCUGACAUAUUUAUGCGGGUAUACUGACAAUGGACGAGGAAAGUAAGUUCCUUUGUCGGAAAUAAAGACUCAUUUAAAAAAAGCUUCCUGGAAAUCCAAAAAGCUUACUGGAAAUAAUUAAGAGCUCAAUAAAUAUUUCGCAAGAAAAAUUUAAGAUACGUUGGAGUUUGGCAAAAACCUCAUCUUUCUUCCGCUCAAUACGAGGCUCACUACGGUCUAACGAUGGAUGCCUGCAUGCAGAAAGAUAAACUUCUGAUUUCUCGUGGCUUCAUAGCUACAUCGUUUCGAGUCUUCAAUAACAAAAAUCAGGUCAAUAUGAAGAAAUUAGGCUUGAACGGGAAUUGAUACUGCUUUUUUUGUUUCGAACAAAAGUCUCUCAAACGCGAGAAGCGCAAAAUAACAAAAAGAAAACGAACCGGUGCCGUCUCAGACGGCUUUUUUGUCUGCCCACACGACUAUAAAGCAAACAUUCAGAUUUUUAGAUACUUUGUACCGGAAUAUGGGAGAAACGCAGCGGGAAAAGCACUGUGAUGGUGGGAACGGACCUUCAAAACAUGUAUAGGUACAAAUUGAAAAAACUUGAUGGAAAUUCUAAAAAAAAAAGUUCAGAAAUGUACAAAGAAAUUCAAACAUGCUCCCUCGACAAAUUUCACACUAUUCCGACGAAUACAAACAGGUGAUUGAGAAAUUUGUCUCAAAUUUCGAAUUGAAAAUGUUUUUUCUUUUUUUCAGGUGCAGUACGUUGUCCUCUGGAGUGAUGUCGAUUCCUACAGAUAUCCAAACCCUCCGCCGCUUUGGGAUGAAACGUAGGCUUUUUGAAGUGUUUGGGACUGUUAUCAACUUUCUUCCCGCUUUCAGACCUAUACCUGUCCGUUUUUUGAAAGGGACGCCAGAACUUCUCAAAGACGAACAGCUUGAUUUCCUGAUAAAACGCGUGGAACAUUUCAUGAAAGAUCUCAAUAUACCUGGCUUAUCUAUUGCAAUUUCGAAAAAAGAACAGCUCAAAUUCGCUGCAGGUUUUUUUUGAUUUUUUAAAACCCAGUCCAGCAAAAAAGUUGUCUCAAAACAAGAAACUUUUCCUUUUCAAACAACCGAUUGCAAACAAAAAACGGCACAAAGAACAUUAAUGGGAUUAGUAGGUCUAGAAAAAGCGUUCGGCAUGUGCUGAACGCCGUUAAAACCAUAAGCCUUCCUAUUCACAGCUUUUAGUUGUCCGGAGAAAUGUAUGUUUAAGGAUUUGGAUACACAAACAUCAGACAACAGGAGCCAGUCACACCGAACCAUCAAUUUAGGUUGGAUUAUUUUGCUCUUUAAUGACUAAAAACGGAAAACUUUUCUCAGAGUUGGAUCCGUUUCGAAGCCAAUAACGGCUGCUGCUAUUAUGCUUUUGAUUGAUAGAGGAAAGUUCAAUUUGGAUGAUCGCCUUUUUGGUAGAGAUUCCAUAUUCGGUUCCGACUUCUCAAAAAAACAUAGUUAUCAAAAGUACGUGACUGAAAUCACAGUCCGACACCUGUUAGAACACACUUCAGGUGAGAAUGUGUUUUUUCUUUCUUGACUCACAUUUUUUUAGGAGGCUGGGACAAUCUCCAGUCGGACGCAGCUUGGAUCCAACCUGACAUGAGCACGAAAGAACUCAUCGAGUAUGUAUUACACACGGUUCCCCUCGAGUACAAACCUGGCACAAUGUGGAUUUAUUCCAACUUCGGAUACCAGCUUCUUGGUUUUUCAAACUUAAAAUUUAAAUUAUGAAAGAAUUCACACAGGAUACUUGAUUGAAACAACAGCCGGUAUGUCGUACGAGGCUUUUGUUAAGAAAAACGUGUUCGCUCAGUCUGGAGUCUACGAUAUUCAAGUUGCUCGCCCGUCUAUUGGAGAAAGAGCACCGUAAACGAUCGUAGGAAUCGGAAAGCUCGAACCAGAAAUUUACAGGAGAGAAGCGAUGUACUACAUGUCUGGCAACGGACUCGGCUUCAACCCCUACGAAAUGCUGCCACCUGAGAGAAUUGGCCCAUGGGGAGGAUGGAUCGCCAGUCCCGUUCAGCUUCUGAUGUUCAUGGUAAGCAACUGAGUGUAGAAUACGUUUCCAAUUUGAUGUUUCCGUCACGAAUUGAUGGCUUCCAAUCUCGUCCGGACAUUCUCACCGAUUUAUCUAUCAGCGAGCUUUCCACUCCUUCUCCAGCUUCAAACGACACUUACGGUUUAUAUUUGUUAAUUUUCUUCCAACUUUCGUAAAGAGCAAAGAAAGAGUAUUUGAGAUUAUUUCAAAAAACUCAGAGAAAAGGCGACGAAUCCAAUUGAAGUUUUUUAGUUAUAUUUAGGGGGUUUUUAUUAUACUGCACACAACUUUUCGGACGCCUUCCAUUGCAAAUAUUGCAAAAAAACUUUUGAUGCACUUUUCUGCAGGAAAAUAGAUCGACAUGCAGGUAAAAUUCUUCGUAUAUCAUCUAUCAAAUCCAGAGAAUUUCUUACUAAACUUCAAAAAUUCUGAAUUCAUACGUGUUUAUAUUUGAGGACUUGGAUGGUCGUUGAACAUCAUGGGAUUCAAUGGAUGGCAACACGAUGGAAGAAUGCCUGGAAGUGCUGCCAUGCUCGUAAGACUUGACAAUGGGCUUGAAAUGGCGGUUGCCGUUAACAAGGUCCGAUUUUGAAGAGAAAAUUAAAUUUUCAUGCUUUUUUGUAUGAAUUCUGUUGUCUCAGGAAUACUCCGAACGAGAUUUCUUCCACGAGUUGGGAUACGUCCUGCAUCACGUGGGAAACAACUGCGACUGGUGGGACGACGACUACGACCUUUUCCAGAGGACAAGGAGGACUUCACGAAACAUCCGAUCCAAUUCGACUAGGAUCAUUCGAACUAAUUGA